UGGAAUGGAGACUUCUUCGAGGAGAGCUCAUUGACGAGAUUGGGCAUGGAGUACUAUCUCAGCCACAGGGGACUCCCAUGCCCGAUGAACGGAAUACCCGUCGUCGGGUGCAUCGCACGGGUAACGGUAGUUGACAUCACGGGCAUACAUUAUCUCAUAAUCUGUUUCUGCCAAUGCACCGAUGCUCCCGAUGCAGAGAAACAGUUGUUUCAAAUGGGUUUGUUCCCAGCCUCUUUCACCUGGCCUAGGACCACAUUCACAUUUGCCUUGCUGAACGAUUUUGCACUUUUGCACUUG